CGAACAGUUACGGAGAAACCCGAGGCAAACCCCGGAAGCUCGGUCGUUACCUUGCUGGUGGUCACUGUCAGUCCGUUGUUAGAGCAAUGUGUUGCUGCAACUGUGGGUACGGCUUUGUUAGAACUGAAGUUUAGCUCAAACGGGAUUUCAAGAUGUAUUAAGACAGCGUUGGCAACGACAUAAUUUAGGAAUAUUAAGGUCUCAGCCUACUUGCCAGCCUACAUAUGUACUUCAUCCUGAAUGCAGGUCCAGGACGUACACACCACAGCAUGUUAUUGUGAGGAGAGAACAUAUUAGGGCAGGAUGCAGUCUUCAAACCACCGACUGCGAGAUAUGGAGCAGCAUCACCCGCUGCUGUCGGCAGGUGCAGAUGUGGAGACGGGUAGCUUGGCAGCAGGGGUGAUGGUUGGUGGUCCCCACGCUGGCCACACCUCAGGGAACCGCACAAUGUGGUUCAUUCAGGACAGCUGUGGGAUGGUGUGUGCAGGCAUGACCUGGUUCCUGGUGCUGUAUGCCGAGUUCGUAGUGAACUUUGUCAUGCUGCUGCCCGGCAAGAACUUCUGGUACUCGCUGCUGAACGGGGCAACAUUCAACUCCCUGGCCGUGCUUGCAUUGGCAUCACAUCUGCGCACCAUGUUGACGGACCCGGGUGCUGUUCCUAAGGGCAACGCAACCAAGGAGUACAUGGAGAGCUUACAGCUGAAGCCUGGCGAGGUCAUCUACAAGUGUCCGAAGUGCUGCAGCAUAAAACCUGAGAGGGCACACCACUGCAGUAUUUGUAAAAGAUGUAUCCGGAAGAUGGAUCACCACUGUCCCUGGGUCAAUAAUUGUGUGGGAGAAAAGAAUCAGAGAUUCUUUGUACUUUUCACUAUGUACAUAGCUUUGAUUUCUGCCCAUGCCCUGGGCCUCAGUGGUAUGCACUUCCUCACCUGUAUUAAAGUCCAGUGGAAUGAGUGCAGUGACUUCUCUCCAGGGGUGUCUGUACUGCUGCUGAUCUUCCUCUGUCUUGAAGCCAUCCUCUUCCUCACCUUUACAGCUGUAAUGUUUGGUACGCAGCUCCACUCCAUCUGCAAUGACGAGACGGAGAUUGAACGUCUUAAAAAUGAGAAGCCCACAUGGGAGCGUCGCAUGAGAUGGGACGGAAUGAGAGCUGUGUUUGGGGGUUCGCCCUCCCUGCUGUGGUGCAAUCCAUUCACAGGCCUGCGUCUGCGGCGCCUGUUGCUGUUGGCCCAGGCUCGCCGCGGCGGGUCUGAGUUUUCUGUCUGAGAGGAGGGCAGACGGAUGCAGCUCGCCAACACUUUACCGUCUCUGAAGCAAGAUUACUUGUAUGGCCUCCUCGGCGGUGGCUCGGAUGGACCUCUGCUGCCUGAGGCUGUCCUUCAUGUGUGGGUGACAGGGAGACCGGCUGCUCCUGUGGGACCCCAGUCAAUCACAAUCACCACUGAAAGUUUGUAUUCUCACAUGCUGAUGUGAACCGAGCUCCUUUGGUCUGUCAAGUGUGCUGAAAAACUGGAAUAUUUUUUUCCAACAUGAGCAGACGCUUUGGUUUGUUUGUGUGUUUUUAGAUAAAGCAUGCAGUAUGUGAACUCAAGUGGGUCUUUUAUUCCUCGUUGGUGCUGUUUGAACUCAAAUCAUGCACCCUUAGUACACAACUUCAGUUUAUUUUGCUGCACACAUGGGAUUGAAGAAUAGUAUUUGAUCAGCAACAUAUCUCUUAUUAUCACUGGAGACAGACAAGUGGAUCUAAAUGGGGGAAUGCUUGAAAGUGUUCUGUUGGACCCAGACAAGGGAAUCACAGUCAAGGACAUGCACUACUUACAUGGCACUUGAGAGAGAGAGUCUGUAUAUGGAGCACAUUGGACAUCAGAAGAGGAACUGUGCUGCCUUGAUUUGCAUGUAUAGCAGCUCAAUCAGUCAACGUCUCAGCCAGGAAAUGAGGCUUUCACUAUCUUCAAAUCAGCGAACAGGCUGCUGUGAACACAAGCCUCAUUCUUAUUCAAGAGGACUGAGUGGUCUUGUGUUCCCUUCAUUGGGCUGGAGUUGUUGAUUCUUUAGGUUAGUUUAGGCCAGUAGAAAUUAUUUUUGUUUUUAAAAUUACUGCUGAAGCUUCUUUACCUUUUCAUCAGUGAAAACUUCUCAACAUUUGACCAUAAUGACUCACUGGAGAUUUCAUUUAGACAAAAAAAAAAAUCUGUUUUUUAUUAGUUGUACGUAUGUGUAAAAUCUGCCAUUCCACCACUCCUACAUGCUGCUCCACGUCUCAUUAUCUCCAAACAAUCAGUGACCCCCCCAGACCACUGAUAUACUGUAUGUUUUCAUAAAGAAGUGAUUCAGGUUGAACAACUUUGACUGCUGAAAAGACAGAAAGUAAUUAAGUGUUUUACUCAUACACAAUUUCUCUCUAAUUUGGAAAACUGAAGGCUUCUUCUGUGUAUAGUAGGAAUCCAUGUGCAAGAACACUUGGGUAAGACUUGGGUAAGAUUUAAACUCUGAAAACCUCAAGACAUAGCCCAGUUUCAGACAUGAUGCAACAUUUUGAAAAGGAAAACAUAAAAUCUAGCACAACCUCCUUUUGGCUCAUUGUGAGCUCAGAUUUACAAAGACCAGCUCUAUUGUGCAGCCGGCCUGUAGAAUUAAAAAGGAGCUGCUUUGCUGAAAGAGGAUGAGGUACCAGGCUCAUUAUACAAGCUUUAAUACUGAACAAAGUCCCCGGGAGCUCAGCAGACCUUUCCUACUUUACUCCAGAAAUGUCAAGCCUGUAACUUCUAAUGGGAGGACAGUAGCAGCUACUUUUUCUAGUGUUAUGAGAACACCUUUCCAUGCUUUUUUUGUUUAAUCAUUUAGUUAAGUGAAUUUAUCAGCUUGAAAAGUGUCGUAAUUAUUGCCAUAUUUAAGAAAGCCUUUUUCAUUUUCAUUCUGACCCUGUAUCAUUAAUGAGCCUGUUUGCACUGAAUGGAUGUGACUUUUUGAAUCUAGAGUUCAGUUCAUUUGCUGGCGUCAAAAAAUAAUGUCAAAUCAAGAUUCUCAAAGUUUCGGUUUUAUGGCAUAUUGGACAAUAUACCGCUGUUUGCUCUCAUUUGUGGUUGUCAGAAGGAACUCCACUGUUUACACUAAAUGAUAUCUGAUGCUCUAUGGCUUUAAUGUUUUUUAGAAACAUGCUGUCAUUAGAAUGUAAAACGUAUAUAUAUAUAUUUCGGGACUAAGGGACACAGCACUGAAAGCUAACUGACAUCAGGGGAUUUUUAUUAUCGUUGGCCUCAUGCUAUUCUGCUGGACUGCAUAACCUCAGCAACACUUUUAAGAUUCAAUGUUGGAAGAAUAUAACUUUCUUAUUCAUGUCAUCCUUUCUCAAUAUUCAGCAUGGUUCAUUCAGCAAGUCCUGUGUCCUAACAUGCUCAAUGUACUUUUUUAAUUUAUGAGGUG